CCCCUCCCCGCCGGGAGCGCGCCGCCUCUUGCCCUCGCGCCGGCUCUGUCUCGGUCUCUCAGAGCUGCACGCUCUGCGGAGCUCCUGUCAGUGCCGUCGCCUCGGCAGCGGCUUUCUAGCCCAGCGGCUCAGCCUCGGCCCUUCAGCGCCGCGUCCUAGGCUGCCUUCCCUCCCUCCACCACUCCCCUUCCCUUUCCCGCUCUUAUCUCCCACACGGUCCACCGAGAGAGCCUGGACACGAAGAUAGCGGGCUUGAGAAAGGGGUUGGGAAAAUGGAGGUGCCGCGCCUGGAGCAUACCCUCAACAGCCCCACCAGCCCAUGUGAGGAGGUGAUCAAAAACCUCAGCCUGGAGGCCAUUCAGCUGUGCGACCGGGACGGUAACAAAUCACAGGACAGUGGCAUAGCAGAGAUGGAAGAACUUCCGGUACCACAUAACAUCAAAAUAAGCAACAUUACAUGUGACUCAUUCAAGAUUUCAUGGGAAAUGGAUGCAAAAUCAAAGGAUCGUAUUACACACUAUUUCAUUGACCUUAAUAAGAAGGAGAACAAGAACUCCAAUAAAUUUAAACACAAGGAUGUUCCAACAAAACUGGUGGCAAAAGCUGUUCCCUUGCCGAUGACUGUCCGUGGACACUGGUUUUUGAGCCCAAGAACUGAGUAUACAGUAGCAGUGCAGACUGCCUCAAAACAGGUUGAUGGUGAUUAUGUUGUGUCUGAAUGGAGUGAAAUUAUAGAAUUCUGCACAGCAGACUAUUCAAAAGUUCAUCUAACACAGCUGUUGGAAAAGGCCGAAGUGAUUGCAGGACGGAUGCUUAAAUUUUCUGUUUUUUAUCGUAACCAGCACAAAGAAUACUUUGACUAUAUUCGAGAGCAUCAUGGGAAUGCUAUGCAGCCCUCUAUCAAGGAUAACAGUGGCAGCCAUGGUUCUCCCAUCAGUGGAAAACUAGAAGGCAUCUUCUUCAGCUGCAGCACUGAAUUCAAUACUGGCAAACCACCCCAGGAUUCACCUUAUGGAAGAUACAGGUUUGAGGUUGCGGCAGAAAAACUUUUUAACCCCAAUACUAACUUAUACUUUGGGGACUUCUACUGUAUGUACACUGCUUAUCAUUAUGUGAUUCUUGUUAUUGCCCCAGUGGGAUCACCAGGAGAUGAUUUUUGUAAGCAGCGCCUUCCUCAACUGAAUUCCAAGGAUAAUAAAUUUUUGACCUGCACAGAAGAAGAUGGGAUGCUGGUUUACCACCAUGCCCAAGAUGUCAUUUUAGAAGUCAUUUACACUGACCCUGUGGAUCUUUCUCUAGGCACUGUGGCAGAAAUCACUGGUCAUCAGCUCAUGAGUUUGUCUACUGCAAAUGCAAAGAAAGAUCCCAGCUGCAAAACCUGUAAUAUCAGUGUUGGACGCUAAUGCCCACUUUUCUUAUUAUUAGUCCUUUUCUUCCCUUAGGAGCAUUGAUCCUCUGUAGUCCAUUUUCAUCACCAGAUGUUUUCCACUGACGCAUGCACAUGCCGCUAUCACCAAAAGCAAACUGCCACUUUUCAAAUUUCAUUCAGAGCUGUUUUAGUGUUUCCUAUUCCCUACCCUUCCCACUACGUUCAAUGAUGAAAUAGCCUCAGUUGUCCUUCUGACACUUUCUUGCCUAGAUGCUGCAAUGUUUUUAUUUUUUCUUUAUGCCAAAUGUAACGAAACAAUUAUAUAAACUGCUUUAGCAAAAUACAAAAUAAUAGCUUAUAAAUGGUGUUUAAAUAUGCACUCAUUUUAAUCUACUGAACAAAUAUUGGGAUAACUCCAAACCGCAUGAAAGGGUGUAAUUGCAGCAUGAGUUAAAUCCUGAAGCUUAGAAUUGUCAGCACUUCCAACUUGUUGUUUGACAGUGUUAUUUAUAUUAGCUAACAGGAAACUACUGUGUUUCAACAUAAUAAAUAUAAUAGAAAAAUA